AUGGCUGCCCCCCAACAACCGGCUGAGACUCCUCGCCGGAAUCGUGGAUUCAGCGUGAAAUCAGACAACUCUCGUCGUACCAGUACUUCCGGUCAUAAGAGUCAUCAUUCUGAGUCUUCGGAAGAGAAGGCUCGUCGCAAUUUACAUACCAAGGCCGAUCCGACAGUCGCUAUGAACGAGUUACAACCCAUGGCCGUCGCGCUGGAAGCGUCCAAUCUAGGCUCAUUGAGAGAUAUACAACAUAAGGACCAGUUUGGAAACCCGAUCGUUGAUCCCGACUGGUCAAACCCCACUCGUGCACGUUUCGAACGCCCCCUAGAUACCAUUCGAUCAUUCGAGGCAGCGAUUUACGGUACAUAUAAGUCUCAACGCCCGAAUUCAUAUGCCCGAACAGGUUCGUUGCGCUCAUUCCUGACGACCCCGGUCAACCCGACCCAGGGGACCCAGGCUGAUUUUGAUUUUGACUUUUUUUUUCAACAGAGGAUGCAGCGUCACAAAUGGGUGCAGCUUCACAAAUGGGAGACUUCAGUCGACGAACAAGUUAUUACGUUACUAAUUCUCGUCUCUAUCCCUUUAGGCCCACAGGCAAACAUGAACCGCGGAUACAGUGAACAGAGCGCCAACUACGGUCGCGGUACCCAAUCUCGUCCAGACAGCGUUAUCGACUACGGCGCAAGCUCAAGCCAAGCACAGCCACAGACACCCGAUAGCCAUUACCCCUACAACCAGAGCGGAGGAGGUCAGCGCCGACCGCGACACGCUGCCCGUGCCUCAAACGACCAAGCCUUCUACGGUAGCGGCGGCAAUAGCAAUGCACAGAACACUUCCACUCAACAACAGAACUACCACCGCUCCAACGAUAACGUUACCGCCAACUCUGGAUCGGCCGCAUCUACAGAUCCGUAUGGCCAAUCGACCGAUCCCAGCUCAAUGAAUAGCUCAAUGGACCAGUUGCAGCAGCAGGCUCUGCAUCAACAGCGUCUUGACGAGCGUGCGCAGGCAGAAUACGGAUUCCAGGGUUUUGGAGGUGGUCCCAACUUCAAUGCGAGCGGGAUGCCGGUAGCUCCGGUGCCAGCUGCGGGUUCGAGUUAUGGACAGUCGCAGCCGCAGCAAGGUAAAGCGAAUGCGAUUCGCAAGCCGGUGAAUAAUGAGAAGCGGAAGAGUUGGCUUAAGCGACGGUUCAGCAAGGAUUAG